CACCCGUUGUCGGGAUCGAACCCGGCUCUCUGACAUUGUAAGGCAGCAAUUUUCCUGCUGUGCUGCCCUAUCAAUGGACAAAUCAAAUAUUGUAGCAAAUUGGUACAUUCCUUCCACUCCAAGUCCCUGCCAAAGCGAGUAGAUGUUUAAAUACUUGUUUUCAUUCCCACAAUCCAGAUUAUUAAUGCAGAGUAGGACUGAUUGCAACCCUGUCUAACUUUGAAGGGCAUGUCCGUGUACGUUGUCCCAGUGGAUGUCGAUCAUCAACCCUGUUCCAGCUGUUCUCUAUACAUUAACCAAUGUCUUGUGCACCCACAAGGAAAUCCGUGUCUAACUAGAUGUCUAACUUGCCUACCACCCUCUUGGAUGCGAUUUGAUUGAAGGCUUUUUGGUAAUCUGGGCAUGUCAACGGAAAAGGUGGUAGUUAGUUGGGCUGAAUCUGUCUGUCAUAAACUGCUUGAAACAGUUGUUAUUUCUCCAUAGUGUUUCAUUUGCUAAAACUGACCAGGACUCUUUGUGUGUUUCAUCUUUCUGAGACACUAUCGGUCCACUUUCCAUUGAAUGAGCACUCUGUAUUCAACGUCCUCUUGUAACUAAUUAGUUUUCUGUGAUGGUGACUAGUAAAAGCCCUGCCCCACAUUACAAGUUCAUUCCAAGAGCUCUCCCGAGUUUAAAAAAAAUCAAACUCUUGGUAAGCACGGAGAAUGAACGUAGCGGGUACGUCGGAGCUCGGGGACGUCUCUUAGUGCUAACGGCAGGUACUCGGGAAGACUCGCUAAUGGCAGGUAAGCACGGGAAGACUCGUGAAGAUUUUUCAACACGAUGAAAAAUGUCCACGAGAGCCCCGAGUACUGACGAGUGGCCAUUACCGCAAAUCUCCGAGUUCGAAUCGGGGCAAACUCAGGAGAACUCUUGGAAUGAACUUGUACCGUGGGACGGGGGUUUAAUGCAGUAACUUGGCAUGCAUCUUGACCACAGUUCAUCCUAUUGAAAUAUUUACAAUAUUUUCAUUUAUCUUUGCUUGUUAAAAUUCCUUGUUGAAUUAAUGCAACAAAUCAAUUGUGGUUAGAGGUUUGAUGGUUGGUCUCCUGAUAAUUUGAGCUGUUAUUUUCUUUAGGACUUACUGGAGCAGAUGGACAAACUGAAUAGAACUGUACAGAAGCUGAACAAACAGCUGAAAUCCAUGGAGGAGUCAAGAAAAAUGAAAUAUCUCCCAGAAUCCAGAGUCGGAGUGCUGCCCGAAAUGGCUUCCAUCCAAAGGAAAGUUAAAGGUUUCCAAGGAAUGUUGGAAUGCAGAAAAGAAGAUGAAUCUCAAUUAAUCAAGAAUCUUAUCACGGAUCUCAAACCACACUCUGAUGCCAUGGUUCCACUGCCCACCCUACCAGCUUUCAUUCUCUUCAUGUGUAUCAGACAUGCCGAUCACACACGUGAUGAGCAGAGGGCUCACUCCAUCUUCACAGCCGCCAUAGAGGGGAUCAAGAAAGUCUUAAAAAGGAACAAUGACUUUGAGGUGUUGGCAUUCUGGCUGUCGAAUACUUACCGACUACUUGUCUGCUUACGACAGUAUAGUGGAGAUGAGAAUUCUGUUGAAAUGAACACGCCUGAACAAAGAAAACAUGCCUUGAGGAACUCUGAUCUGUCCCAAUAUUGCCUGGUUUUAACUGACCUCAUCAUACAACUCUAUCACCAACUGAUCACAACUGCAGAGGGAAGACUCCGACUGAUGAUCGUGUCUGGGAUGCUUGAGAACGAUACAAUUCAGAGCGUGACUGUGCGUCCAGCCCGUUACAGAAAGAAAGCAGCAGAUGCCCCUGGCAACCCCGGCUUAUACACACUGAACUCCAUCCUCCAGCAACUCAACGCAUUCCACGACACCAUCUCCAAACAGGGUCUCCACUCCGAGAUCAUCAAACAGGUUUUCCGGCAGGUUUACUACAUAAUUGCAGCCGUUACACUGAACAACCUGCUUCUCCGGAGGGAUGUGUGCUCAUUUAAUAACGGGGUCCAAAUCAGGAACAAUCUCAGCCAACUAAUUGAAUGGUUAAGAGGCAAGAGUUUGCACCAGAGUGGUGCAGCGGAGUUACUUGAGCCGCUGAUACAAGCAACACUGCUCUUGCAAUUGAACAAGGUGACUGAUGCCGAUGCUGAGGCUAUCUGCUCAAUGUGCACAGCACUCUCUCAGCCACAGAUUGUGAAGAUUUUGACCCUCUAUACACCUAUUAAUGAAUUUGAGGAGCGUGUGACUGUAUCUUUUAUAAAGAACAUCCAGAAUCGAUUAGCAGGCAGAAGUCCAAGUCGGCACUUACUGAUGGAAUUGAAGCACGUGUUUGCUGUGAAUUUUCCUAUCAUUCCCUCGCCAGUGAACCUGGAGGAGAUUCGAAUCCCUGAAACCUUGGAGCUGGACUUUCUCAAGAGAAUCUGAAGAUUGUUUUUGGGGAGAUUACUUUCUACUUGCACAGAUUUGUAACUGACAAGGUUUUUGAAAUAAAUUUUGCACGAGUCAUGAUUAUUUAGAAAUCGUACAUCAAACAUUUAAUUGAAUAGUUCAGUCCGCCUUAACUCAAGCUGUUUUAAGUAAAUUCAAUUGACAAUAACUUUUAUCACUUAUUUAUUGUAGAAAGUACAUAAUUUAGGUAAUUGGUUGAUGCUUCUGCAAUUAAACUAAAUUCGGCACUUUAGAAAACUAAUGUGCAUUCCUUUAACCUUUGCACAGGUGUUCAGUUUGGCUGCUAUCAGUUUUUAAGCUAACAUAUUAUUGCACUGUUAACAGAGUACCUUUAUCUGAAUAUUAUAUUUGCACCUGAGCAACCAGGCACUAGACAUGGUGUGUCACUGAUCUAACAAGUAGAAAUGUUGCAUUCUGAAUCAAACUCCCACUGAUUUUACUCCUCCCCACUUCCCCACGUCCUAAACAUCAAGUGGCUUCACUUGGGAGAGAUCACCUGGUUACAAUAAGCAUAAUAUAUUGGGAUAUUCUGUCACGUUCAAUGAAAUUUGUUGUUUGUAAAUUCAUAACUAACAUUUUAAUGCUAAGAGGUCAUGCUUAUAACAUUGGUGGAUUUUUAUGUACAGACAUGUAAAUGUGUUAAACUUAUUAAUGUGAAAAAUAUGAAAUGUGAAAUUGUUUAAUGCAUAUCUUCAUUAAAGAGAAUGA